AUGACAGAAACUAAGAAACAGAAGACCGUUCAACAUCCAGGUAAGCCGCAGAACGUUGGUAUCAAAGGUAUUGAAAUCUACAUUCCCUCACAAUGUGUUUCUCAAGAAGAAUUGGAAAAGAAGGAUGGCGUCUCAGCUGGUAAGUAUACUAUCGGAUUGGGUCAAACCAAGAUGUCAUACGUUAACGAUAGAGAAGAUAUUUAUUCUAUGUCUUUGACAGUUUGUUCCCGACUACUAAAGAACUACGGCAUUGAUCCUCACAGUGUCGGUCGUUUGGAAGUCGGUACUGAAACUUUACUAGAUAAGGCAAAAGCUGUCAAGACUGUCUUGACCCAACUAUUUGAAGGUAAUAAUGAUUUGGAGGGUAUUGAUACAUAUAAUGCUUGUUACGGUGGUACCAACGCCCUUUUCAACUCUAUUAACUGGAUUGAAUCAAACGCAUGGGAUGGUCGUGAUGCCAUUGUUGUCUGUGGUGAUAUUGCCAUUUACGACAAGGGUGCUGCCAGACCAACCGGUGGUGCCGGUACUGUAGCAUUAUGGAUUGGUCCUGAUGCACCACUUGUCUUUGAUAAUGUCCGUGCUAGUUACAUGGAACAUGCUUACGAUUUCUACAAGCCAGAUUUUACCAGCGAGUACCCCUAUGUGGAUGGUCACUUUUCCCUUACAUGUUACGUGAAGGCUGUUGACCAAGUUUACCGUUCUUACUCUAAGAAAGCCAUUGCCAGGGGUUUAGCUAAGGACCCACUAAGUCCAGAAUCUAUUGGUGUGAAGAAUCAUUUCGAUUAUAACAUUUUCCACGUGCCAACAUGUAAAUUGGUUACCAAAUCUUAUGCACGUCUUCUGUACGACGAUUUCCGCGCCAAACCUGAAUUGUACCCUGAAGUCGACUCUAAUUUGGCCAAGGUCGACUAUGAAAAGUCUUUGACAGAUAAAUCCAUCGAAAAAACAUUUGUUGGUGCUACCAAACAAUUGUGUCAAGAACGUGUGCAACCAUCAUUGAUUGUUCCAACCAACACCGGUAACAUGUACACUGGUUCCCUUUAUGCUUCUCUAGCGUCAUUGUUGUAUUACGUUGGUUCCGAAAAAUUACAAGGUAAGCGCGUUGGUCUAUUUUCCUACGGUUCUGGGUUAGCUGCAUCAUUAUUCUCCUUGAAAGUCGUGGGUGACGUUUCUCACAUUAACAAGCUAUUAGAUUUGGAUAACAAAUUGAACUCAAGAGCAGUGGAAACUCCAGAACAAUACGAAGCUGCUAUUCAUCUACGUGAAGAGGCCCAUCUAAAGAAAAGUUUCGAACCAAAAGGUUCAAUCGAUUUAGUUGCACCAGGCGCCUACUACUUAACUUCGAUCGAUGACAAAUUUAGACGUAACUAUUCUGUAAAACAGUGA